AAAUGGUCCAUGAUCUACUGUCCGCCCGGCCAAUGACAGUCUGCUACGCCAGUGAUAUUAGCUGCGUAGCAACAAGAUACCUCUAUUUACCCUGCGCGUGAACGGUGUGCAGGAGAAAAAUCUCCUUUUAUCUUUUCCCUCAUCGAUUAUAAGGCGAAGUCGACUAUGAAGUCGACAGCCAGGGUGGUACACACGGCACACACGGUGAUACUGGCCGUUGUGCUGUCCUUGGUGGCCUUGGCAUCCUGCCGGAGCACUCGCAUGGCGGACCAGGUAUCGGAGGCUGACAUUCAGCGUCUACUGCACGGUGUCAUGGAGCAGCUGGGAAUCGCCCGCCCACGUGUGGAGUACCCCGCUCAUCAAGCCACAAAUAUUGUGGGGCCUCAGAGUAUACAAGGUGGUGCCCACGAGGGUCUUCAGCACCUGGGUCCCUAUGGUAACAUUCCCAACAUCGUGGCUGAGCUGACCGGGGACAACGUUCCGAAGGACUUCAGCGAGGACCAGGGAUACCCUGACCCCCCCAACCCCUGUCCUCUUGGAAAGACUGCAGCAGAUGGUUGCUUGGAGAACUCACCAGACACUGCUGAGUUCAGCAGGGAGUUCCAGCAGCACCAGCACCUGUUUGACCCUGAGCAUGACUACCCAGCACUGGCUAAGUGGAAUAAGGAGCUGUUGUAUGAGAAAAUGAAAGGUGGACCAAAAAGAAGCAAAAGGAGCACCAAUCCCUAUCUGAUGGGGCAGAGACUGGAUAAUGUGGUGGCCAAGAAAUCUGUCCCCCAUUUCCCAGAAGAGGAGGAGAACCCCACCAUCAGCAGUAUCAAAAACUGAACCAAACAUCUACUUUCAUCAUGCUGCAUGUUUAUUUUGUGUAUUAUCCUAUCAAAGCUUACCAUUUGAUGAAAUGAAAACACAAGCUUAUCAAUCAAGUGCCAGUAUGUAAUUUUUUUUGUAAAUACAGAGAACAUCCACUACUUUUCUGUACCUUUACUAUAACAAUGACAUCUGCUGUUGGUUAUUCACCUGCCUGACCACUAGAUACCCUUGUGUGUGUAGCUUGAUUAAUACAAUAAAACGUAUUUGCUCAUGUGCACAAUUAUAGUACUAUAUAAUAAUUUUAGAUAUUAUAUAUUUCUUACCAAUAAAUCUUGGUUGAAAAUGUAGACUGAUGAACAUGUUCCAUCUUCACAGUUACAGGUGAAUUAAGAUGUUAUACAUUUAAUAGGUUACCAGAUACUCUCAGAAAUAAUGGGAGCACAAUAACAAAUGAAAAUGAAAGAUGUAAUCUUGUCAUUAGUUGCGCUGCCACUAUAACUGUCGAUUUAAAGCAAGCAAAACUCCAGCGUUCCUACAAUUUCAGCCCGUUAUUCAUGAAUAAUACAGAAUAGCACAGUAAUGUACCAUACAACAGGGUAUUAUGCAAGAACCAUUUUGCAUUGUUAUGUCAUUAAAUAUUUAAAGACUACAGAGCUAACCAUAUCCUCCAGGUACUUCAAGUCUAAUUUUAACCCUGACUAAAAAGUCUUUGACAACAGAA